UUUUCAUUGACAGACGAAAUUUAAAAGAAAAAUAAUCGUUUUCAUUGAAAAAGUUUCCAUAUUUACGUAAUUAUGAACUUCUUAAACCAUCGUCAGAAAACUCCCGGGCAUGUUCUUCAAAUGCCCGAAGGUCUUCAAGAACUUCUGGGUGAUAUAUCACGUGAAGUUCUUCGUUGUCAGCCUUCAAUUGAUUGUACAUACAAAUUUAUUGCUGAUUAUCUAGAAGCUAUGGUUAAAACAAGAGAUUCACAUAAAAUUGCCAUGGAAGUUAUAGAAGAUGCAAUUUUGAAAACCGAUGAAGUUUAUUCUCAAUUUGCUAAAUGUAAUUUUCCCAAAGACAAAACAAAUAGUUUUUUGGAUGCAAUGGAAUUGACAUUUCGUCGAUUUGUUGAUAAGAAACGACAAAAAAAUCAAGAUUCAAGAUUUAUAAAAUUUCAUCCAGACGAUAUGUUAGAGGAAUUGAUGAGAAAAUGUGAUUUGACGAAAGUUGAAGUGCUUCGAUCAAGACCGGCUAUUCAAUGGGCUUAUAGGAAAUUUGUUAAGACUUAUUUGGCAGCGAUUGAGGGUACCUUGGAUACUGAAGAUCUUUAUUUUGAUACUGAAAAGGUUUUAGCUUCAAGCAAGGAACGCAAUCAGAUUCAUCAAAGUGCGGUACAAAUCCAGAAAGUCUUUCGUGGCUACAAAACACGCAAAUCUUUACAGGGAAUUCAGAAACUUAAAUUUGCUGAGGACCUAAUUUCUGAGGACUCUUCAUCCACCUCGUCAUUUUUGGAAUUUAUAUUAGGAAGAGAAGAAGAAAUAUCAAAGGCAGCUAUUAAAAUUCAGGCUUCAUUCAAAGGAUUUUAUGUUCGCAAAAAGUCGAAGACGUCCCUACUAACUGCUUUGCUUCUAUUAAGUCUUACGGAGGCUUAA